AUUAAAAUGUGACAGUAGACGAACGCGACUUGCACGCACACAAGCGUGUAGUCAGGUAACACAGCGCACCGCUAAACCCGCUACGCAGACGACAGAAAAGGUGCGGGGUUUUGCAGGAGUGAGGAUCUCCCCAUAAAUCUUUUUAGUUGAGCACAGAGUGGCGUGUACGAGUGUCUUUCUUUUUCGGCAAGUGUAUUCGAUUAGAGCCUUUUGUGUCAUCGAUGUGGAAUUAUGGUGCCUUGACGACAGAUGUCGUGCACGGAAUCGCGGCCAGAGGCUUCUGUGAAAAUAAAGAGGCGACGUCAUUUUCGGGAUGAGGAUAUGAGAAGGCGAGAGAGAGAAUAUCCAUCAUUCUACGACCAUGUUUGGGAUGCAUUAGCUGGAUUCUUUUAACUACGGCGUCUCUAUUUUGUACAGUUGGAUUCAAGUUCGCCUUUUCUUUUCUUUCAUUCUCAUUAUUCUGAGUAUGUAAUUUUGUUUAAGUUGGGAGCAUUUGUAUCAAAUUUCCACGGUGUAUACAAUGAUGGUUUCGCGAAUCUUUGAAGAAUAAAAUUGACAAGAAAAGGGCUGCAUCAUGCACCUCUUUUACCAACCCCCUCUUAUAUUAUGGAGAUGGUUUUACAGGUUGGGAAGCACCACACGGAAUUCAACAUGGGCAUUUAUCUUGGCCUUAUCUCUGUUUCAAGUGCAAUUUACAACAUGUUAUGACUUUAAAUUAGGCCUCCUAAUUCCAUGGAAUUCCACGGAUUACGACUCAUACCCAUUCCUCGGGACGCGCUCCUUUGGUGCUGCGGUGUUAGCGGCGGAGCAAAUAUCAGCUUCGGGCUUGCUCGGGGGCAACAACUCAUCGCACACCGUAGACUUGGUGGUCGCCGACACGGCAUGCAGGUCGAUCGCAGCCGGGGGGCACGCGGUCGAACUCAUGGACGAAACCGUGGAUGCGUUCAUCGGGCCGCCGUGCUCGAUGCCCUGCGCGACGGUGGCCGACUUGACCAGCUACUGGCAAGUCCCAAUGUCGUCGUGGUUCUGCGCGGCCAUGGCCGACGGCGAAUCCGAAGACCCGUUCGACGUCCACCCCACGCUAGCCCGGACUUACCCGACCAUCUUCCAAAUUGCUCAUACCAUUCCGACGACGCUGGAACUUUUCGAUUGGAACAUAUACAGUAUCAUCUAUCCUUUGGAUGGACUUAUGGGUGACAUAGCGUAUAGGACAAGGAUGCUUAUGGAUAAACGGGGGCAUCCUCCCGCUCAUAUGGAAUCAUAUCAAAAGCCCCUCGAUCUCUCAGUUGCUCGGAACAUCUUGAAAAAUGUCCAGAAAGUUUCAACAAGUAAGUUUAAGCAAUCUUCAAUUUCUUUCAUUCGGUAUAGCCACAAUCAGGUCAUAUUCCUGCUCGUCGGAGGUAAAACCAUGUUAGAUGGCGACCAGCAGACCUUCCUGCUGGCCGCCCGGCAGCUUGGCAUGACGGGCGAGGACGGGCAUGUUUUCAUCGUCAUCGAACCCUUCCCGGAUCCCAGCUUUACGUCGCCCUGGCAACCCCUCCUCAGCCCCCACGCCAACGAGACGGUGGAGGGAGACGUCACAGCGGAGGAGGCUUUAACAGAGGCUUAUCGGGCCGUUUUGAUGAUCACAAUGAGUCUGCCUGAUGACGGUCGGCUUGAUGACCUCAUGAGUGACGUCACAGAUAUCAUGAUGCAACCUCCUUACAACGUGGAAUUUCCAAAGCCAUCGAUCAUGUCUGCUUAUCUCUACGAUGCUAUCCAGCUUUACGCGCAUGCUGUCAACGUUUCCUUGGCAACUAAAGAUCCUCCUCUCGAUGGCGCGGUACUGGGGAGACUGAUGCAAGGGAAUGUCUCGUUUCAAGGUUAG